AACAGUUCACUUCUUCUUUCACAGAGAGCCAGGCGUUUGUAGACAUGGCAGCUAACACAGUCCGUCCUCGGGGUCUCCCAGACAAAUGUUACCCCGAGCCUUUCAACACCCCGCCACCCCCUGUCAAGGAGCGGAAACAGGGACAACUCCCUUAUGAGGACAUUGUUAAGUUUUUCAAAGAGGGCUACAUCGUCGUGAGGGACUGCCGAGGAGAGCCCUGUCGUGAUGCCGUGGAGAGGAUGGUGGACAAUCUUGCCCAGAAACUGUACAAAUCCGGAAAAAUUCAACAUCUGUAUGAAGACUAUGGCGUAUUCCAGAGACUCACUAUGCUGGAGAAAGAGUUCCCCGGCUCCAAUAUCCUUCUCUUUAAACACCAGAAACUACCAAAGGCAUUCAUGAACGUUUGGAGCAACGAGCGCAUGUUGAACAUGAUUGAACAACUGAUUGGUCCGGACAUCGCUGGGCAUCCCACGUGGAACCUCAGGACCAAAACCCCAGAGAGCAAGAUUGGAGCGAUCCCGUGGCACCAGGAUAGUGGUUACUUCAGCAACGAGUCCUACGACCACCUCAUUCCAACAGCGUGGAUACCAUUCCUGGAUGCUACACCUGAAAAUGGCUGCAUGCAGAUGGUGAAAUUUGGUCACGUGGAUGGACGGGUGGCUCGUCAUACCUGUUGCCAUGCCAACACGUGGUACAUUACGCUCGAAGAAGAGACCAUGGUCAAGGAAUUGGGCGUUGACAUCAAGAAAGAUGUUUUUGUGGAACCAGUGCCCUAUGGCGGAUUUAUUCUCUUUCACAACCUUACUCCACAUAGAAGCGGCGUCAACUUGUCAAACGACAUCAGAUGGAGUAUCGAUCUUCGGUGGCAGUCUCCAUUCCAUAACAUGGGAUUCUACAACAUCCAAGAUGGCGUCGUGUUUCGGUCAUCGUCCAACCCCAACGUAAAGCCUGACUGGGACAAAUUUCUGUCUGUUGACCGGAAAGAAGUCUGGCAGAAGAAGUACUUCAAAGAGGUGAAAACGACAGAGGAGUUUGAUACAAGGAUCACCGGGCCCUGGAUUGGACAAUGGCAGAUCGUGAACGAAAACUCCCAUACACAGGCAUUCACGUCAAUGAGCAAAGCAUAGUCGUGUCUAACCUUGGGACAAUCUUCAUCGCUGGAGCUUAACCAGUCUUGUCCUCGGUCUUAACCCUCUCUGUCUUAACCCUCUCUCUUAACCCUCUCUGUCUUAACCCUCUCGUCUUAACACUCUCCGUUUUAUCCCUCUCAGUCUUAACUCUCUCCGUCUUAACCCUCUCCGUCUUAACACUCUCUGUCUGAAAACUCUCUGUCUUGACACUCUCUGUCUAAACUCUGUCUGUUUUAACCCCCUCUGUUUAACCCUCUCCGUCUUAACCCUCUCCGUCUUAACACUCUCUGUCUUAACACUCUCUGUCUUAACCCUCUCUGUCUUAACCCUCUCUGUCUUAACACUCCGUCUUAACACUCUCUGUCUUAACACUCUCUGUCUUAACCCUCUCUGUCUUAACCCUCUCUGUCUUAACCCUCUCUGUCUUAACACUCUCUCUCUUAACCCUCUCAGUCUUAACACUCUCCGUCUUAUCCCCCUCUGUCUCAACCGUAACCGUCUUAACCCUCUCUGUCUUAACCCUCUCCGUCUUAACCCUCUCUGUCUUAACACUCUCUGUCUUAACCCUCUCAGUCUUAACACUCUCAGUCUUAACACUCUCCGUCUUAACACUCUCUGUCUUAACACUCUAUGUCUUAACCCUCUCUGUCUUAACCCUCUCCGUCUUAACCCCCUCCGUCUUAACACUCUCUGUCUUAUCCCUCUCAGUCUUAUCCCUCUCAGUAUUACCCCUCUUAGUGUUAACCCUCUCCGUCUUAACACUCUCUGUCUUAUCCCUCUCUGUCUUAUCCCUCUCUGUCUUAACCCUCUCCGUCUUAACCCCCUCCGUCUUAACACUCUCUGUCUUAUCCCUCUCAGUCUUAUCCCUCUCAGUAUUACCCCUCUUAGUGUUAACCCUCUCCGUCUAACCCUCUCUGUCUUAUCCCUCUCAGUCUUAUCCCUCUCAGUAUUACCCCUCUUAGUGUUAACCCUCUCCGUCUAACCCUCUCGGUCUUAACCCUCUCAGUCUUAUCCCUCUCAGUAUUACCCUCUUAGUGUUAACCCUCUCCGUCUAACCCUCUCUGUCUUAUCCCUCUCUGUCUUAUCCCUCUCCGUCUUAUCCCUCUCCGUCUAACCCUCUCCGUCUUAACCCUCUCCGUCUAACCCUCUCUGUCUUAACCCUCUCAGUCUUAUCCCUCUCAGUAUUACCCCUCUUAGUGUUAACCCUCUCCGUCUAACCCUCUCUGUCUUAACCCUCUCAGUCUUAUCCCUCUCAGUAUUACCCUUCUUAGUGUUAACCCUCUCCGUCUAACCCUCUCUGUCUUAACCCUCUCCGUUUUGUCACUCUGGGUCUUAACCCUCUCCGUCUUGUCCCUCUCGGUCUUAACCUUCUCCUUCUUGUCCCUCUCGGUUUUAACCCCUCCGUCGUGUCUCUCUCGGUCUUAACCCCUCCGUCUUGUCCCUCUCGGUCUUAACCCUCUCCGUCUUUUCCCUCUUUGAACUCUAAUGAUCCAUCUAAUGUUUGAUCCGUAGAGUCUGGGGUUGUGUCUGAAUAAUCAGCAAUGUGAUUUUUUCAUUAUACUCUUCCCAGAGCCUUGUAACCAAUGCUGGCCUAGUGCUUAAUUCCGGUGAAGCCAUUCUACUUCCUGGCAGUUAAAGUUUAGGACGUCUUCAUAUGCAAAUUUCAGUGUCAAUUCAUAAUCAGGUUUCAUUAUUUUUUUGUAUUUAUCCAGAUUUUUGCUCGAAGCACCUCAAUCCUGAAUAAAGGGGUGUUGCCAUGUG